UUUGCUGCCGCCGAGGUUUUUCCUGUGAAAUGCCGGGUUGCGGAAGUGGCUCUGUGGUGCCGCCGGCUUCUCAAAAGUCAACCCCCUUUCUCCACGUAAAGCUAGGCCUCCAACCGCUAUGGAAGGGCAGCAGGGGCAACAAAGCCACGCAACCCUAGCACUCGCUCAGGCUCAUUUCAAGAAGGGCGAAUAUGCCGAAGCCGAGGCGCUGUACUCCGCUUACAUUCGCCAGUGCGCCUGUGCAGCCUCCUUAGGAACGGCGCCCGGGAGCAAAUGCAGCCCUGAGGAUUUGGCUACUGCGUAUAACAACAGGGGGCAAAUCAAGUACUUCAGGGUUGAUUUUGAUGAAGCCAUGGAUGACUACACAUCGGCCAUAGAAGUCCAACCUGAUUUUGAAGUUCCAUAUUACAAUAGAGGGUUGAUAUUGUAUAGGCUGGGAUAUUUUGAUCAUGCUUUGGAAGAUUUCAAGAAGGCUUUAGACUUAAAUCCUGGAUUUCAAGAUGCUACUUUGAGCUUAAAACAGACUCUUCUGGACAAAGAAGAAAAACAAAGAAGAAAUUACUAAAAAAAAAAAAUUAUUGAAAAUUUUAACUUAAUUAAAAUAUUAAUUCGUGAUCUUUACACGUGGUAUUUCAUUGUCUCUAAUUUAAAGUAGGUGUUGAGCUAUUUUGAUUUAUAUUUAGGAAAAAGAGAUUCAUCCAUUAGCACUGAAAGUUAAAUAAUGUAUUUAAGGUAGUUAAUUUCAGGAUGAGAAACUGAGUGUAUAAAGUGUAAAGUGUAAAUCAGUAAUAACAAUGUAUAAUUGUAUAUUAUUACAGUAAAAUAUUUAAAGAAAUGUGUGGUAUUUUCUUCA